AUGUGGUGACGGGAAACUUCUGCGUCCGACAGAAAACUCAGGAACCAAUUGCAAACUAGCAGGCGUUGAGCCUUGAGCCGGCGAUGGGGGACAUGAAGACCCCAGACUUUGAUGAUCUGCUGGCAGCUUUUGAUAUUCCUGACAUCGAUGCCAAGGAGGCCAUCCAGUCGAGUCCAGAGGAGCAGCGGGAUGAAGGGGGGACCCACGCCGAUGGGUCUCCGUCAUGCUUUCCCUGCUCUCCUGCCUCAGACUCUGACCGGCCCCUGGUCAGCGUCAUUGUGAAGAACACAGUGCGGUCAGAGUCUGUUGAAGAGGAGGAGAAGUAUGAUGCUGAUAAAACGGACAAUCCUUCAACUGGUGACUCAGCCCCUCAGGUUCGGGUCAACUUCAACUCGCAGCCUGUUCCCAAACUGACAGCCGACGCUGCCGCAGAGCCACAGGUGGCCAACGGCUUUGAGGGAUCUGUCCCCCGGGAUCAGCGAGCGUGGUCCCUGCGUCCCUCCGCUCUGAAUGAUGAUGAUGAUGAGGGAGAUAAAGAUAAAGGAGCGGAGGUCGCACCGACCCAUCGUACGACUGGUGUCAUGAACAGUUUGAAGCCCGUGCUCUUUCCCCAGUCUCUGACCAGCUCAUCGACUCCACACUCCGUCAGCCCACAACGUUCUCCACAGUCCCCUCAGAAAGAAGAAGCUUGUCUCCUCGGUGACUCAUCAUCCUCCCCUGUACCACAAAACGGGAGUAUUAAAGUGGGAUUUAUGCACUCAGAUGAUUAUGACUCAGAACCAGACUUAGGAAGUCCGCUAGUGAUCCAAGAGAGCCCCGAAUCUGUCAUGUCCUCCCCUCCCAAAUUUAAAAUGAGGUCUGAGCUACUCGGGUCUCCUGUAAAACCUUCUCGGGACAUUUCCAAGCCUCCUAAUCUCUCUGCAAAACCGAAACAGCUUAAUGAGGAAAAGGGGCAUCCUAGAACCCCCAGGUCUCCCACUGCAGCUCCUCAGCUGCAGAGCACCAAGGACUCCCUCCCCUCUGUCAUCACGGGCUCCGCAUCGGUUCAAGAAGAGAAAUACCCAGAGCAUGUGAUUGAUGAGAGGGACUCACCCGAGAGCCCACCGCCCAGCGAGACAGGUCUUGUGGUCCCUAAAAGUAGCAGCAGCCCGGAUUUGGCCAAAACACCAGGUCUAUUGGUGAACCACGCAGACACUCAUCACCUAGAGGAGCUCAUGGAUAUUGAGCCUAGCAGCGAGGAGAUGUCAGGUCGCACUGAUGAGCAGAGUGAAAAGAUUGCUGGAGAUGAAGAAAAGUUAAAUGAGGAGACCAGUGGUGCUGGGACAUCAUCUGAGGAUACGAUGUCUGCUUUUGCUGCAGAGAAGGAUUCAUCCCCACUGCGUCCCCUCAAAGUUAAAAUCAAAAUGCGGACAGGAAGCAUCACAAGAACUGUGACUGGUGUGGCACCCAUGAGAAGUGCGAGAGCCACUUCCAGGGCUGUGGACGGUUCCAAACCUUCACCAGAACGUCUUAACACAAAAGCCAAGAGGGUGCUACCACAGCGAGCUCCGCCGCCUGCAGUAGCAAUGCUUCAGGAUGCGUCUUCUGCAACAGCACAAGUUGCCAGUACGGUUAAACAGAAAUCUGCAGUGGACACCAAACCGAAAGCUUCCCCCACAGCUGUCAGCAUCACUAAAACUGCUGCCCUGCCCUCCGUGUCCCCCCAGAGAGUCGGCGCAGGUGGGAUCAACCUGCGCAGUCUGGGCCAGAAGACUCUCAACAGUGGAAUGAUUCUCACCACACCUUCACUUCUGACCGCUCAAGGUGGCAGCAAACCAGCAUCCAUAGUCAACAACACUGGGGCGAUCAUAUCCAAGAGUCAGACCAACCUGGUGGAAGCAUUCAACAAAAUCCUCAACAACAAGAACCUGCUGCCGUGUUAUAAACCAGACCUGAGCUUGCCUCUGCCUGCAGAGUGGGGCAUUCCUCUGCCUGCGCAGGGUUAUCGUUGUUUGGAGUGCGGCGAUGCCUUUGCCCUGGAGCAGAGUUUGGCUCGACACUAUGACCGCCGCUCGCUGAGGAUUGAGGUGACUUGCAAUCACUGUGCCAAGCGCCUGGCCUUUUUCAACAAGUGCAGUUUGCUUUUACACGCCAGAGAGCACAAGGAGAAAGGCCUCAUCAUGCAGUGUUCACACCUGGUCAUGAAAACUGUAACUUUGGAGCAGAUGAUAGGUCAGCACGAACCCACGGCAAUAGGUGGCCUCUCUCCGUCUCUCCUGCCGUCCUCCUCAGCACAGUCAUCAUCCUCUUCAGGCCUGGUCCUAGCAAACCCAACAUUACAGUCACACAAAGUAGUAACUAGCAAGAAAGCAGAGGAGGUGCAGCACAUUAACAAUAAAUGUCCGGAGUGUCUGACUCAGUUCAGCAGCAAAGAAGAGGUGGCUGAGCACUUCCAAGAAAUCAAACCAGGACACACUUCUCCCUGCUCUGAGUGUUCUCCUCCCAUGUUGCUGCCCAACAGCUGCAGUGCAGCCGCCCAUCAACGCAUCCACCAAGGCGGCCCACCACACGUGUGCCCAGAGUGCGGCGGCACGGCCAAGCAGCCGCGAUUUCAAACACAUCUGGAUGAGACCUGUUUGCAUUUUGCUCGCCGUAUUGGAUACAGAUGUUCCAGUUGCCAGGUGGUGUUUGGCGGGCUGAACUCUGUGAAGUCUCACAUCCAACAGGCUCAUUGCGACAUGUUCCACAAAUGCCCCAGUUGUCCCAUGGCUUUCAAAUCGGCCCCCAGCAUCCAGAACCACAUCACUGCCCAACAUCCAACACUCACGGAAGGACCGGCAAUAUUGAUAUAUAAAUGCGUCAUGUGUGACACUGUCUUUACACACAAACCCCUGCUCUACGUCCACUUUGACAUGCAUUUAAUCAAUCAGAAGGUGCAUGUUUUCAAAUGCCCUGAGUGCACCAAGCUAUUUUCUCAGAGGAAUUCCCUACUGGACCAUUUCAAGACCCACAUUAAGACUCCCACGUUAAAACAAAAGCAGCCUCUACCUCCAGCUGCUUCCUCUCGUCCACAACCUGCGGUGAAGUUAGAAAGCUCAGAUGCCGAUGAAUGGAAGGAUGAAGAUAAAGAAGAGAAGGUGAAGACAAAGAGGAUGAAGACCCCUUCAGGGUGGAAGUGUUUUCCUUGCCAUGCAAACUACACAGAGCGGGAUGACUACAUUAUCCAUAUGGCCGAACAGCAUGGCAAGAAACUAAAGAAGUUCCCCUGUAACAAAUGCGAGAGUUCCUUCACCACAACUUCCAGUAUGAGACGUCACAUACGAGACAAACAUAAAGUCACGAAUCGAGGAUUCCGCUGCCAGUUCUGUACUGAGGGUAAGAAAACCUUCAGUUCUCGAGCUUUGCUGGAGAGGCAUGUUAAGCUGAGACACAAGGACAAUGUGGGCCAGGACACUCUGGUGGGAGGCAGAGAUGAGGCCGACAGCUCCUCAGAACAAGACAGUAACUUGGGGGCUCGGCGCAGACGGAGAGCAGCUGUGAAGACGGAGCACAAUGAAGAGUCCACAGAUGGGAUGACUCCUGUGAAGAAGCUGCGGUCCACCUCCUCUGCACCUGCUGCACACUCACUUCCUGACUCUGAAUUCCGCUGUGCCCCGUGUGGCUUUGCCACAGACGACCAGACAUCAUUCUUGGAGCACAUCAGCCAGCACAAGAGAUCAGGGGCAGAGGGAGGUGGUCUGCAGUGUCUGCAGUGUGGUGCCUGCUUCACAUCCACCUCCUCCUUAUCACGCCAUCGCUUCAUCAUCCACAAAAUGAAAGAUUCAAACACUGACAACCAGCAAGCCCUCAGCCUGCACCCAGCACCUUCCCCUGGCAGCAGCAGGAACCAUGAUGAUAAGAGUUCUCUGGACUGCUCUGCACCACCGUCACCCUCUUCUCAGUCCUCUGGAGCGCAGAGGAAAGAUGAGGAGGACACGCUGGCCUGUAAGGUGUGUGGUAAACAUUUUGAAAAGGCAUCUGAUCUGAAUACACACUUCAGAACUCAUGGUAUGGCCUUUAUCAGUGCAAGGAAUGCAGGAAAAACUACCUAAGGUGGUAGAUACUAGGGGAAGAUCUGUGUCGGCAGGUGAUACAUUUGCAAAAUUCCUUUAAGUGUCUGUGAGUACACCAAUGCACUAAUGUAACCAAAGAUUUUACAGGAGAGUUUAUGUGAACAGAUUGUAAGCGUCUGGCCUCAACCUGCCGACAUUCAGGAUCUAAUACUGCAUCUGUGUUCAGGAAUGAUACUAAUGAGAUCAGAGCUACUUGCCAGUCAGCAGACCGGUAGUCUGACUAGUUCUCUGACCACAUUCACAGGUUGACAAUAGAGAGCUGUGAAUCUCCAACCAAAUCCUGCUGUGAUGAUGUUGAGGCUUUAGUGAAUGUUGAUGGACAGCUAUGUACUGUGUCCAUUUCCGAUUUUUUUUAUAUGUUUAUCCUACUGAGGAGGAGGAAUGUCGAAUGCCAACCCAGGUGUUUUUCUGUCAAGUUGUUUUUAUAUAUUUUUCUGGAGAUAAUUCAUUUUGGGCUUAAUUUCUAUCAAGUGUGUAUACGUAAUUGGCAGUGGACAGUCUCUUUGUGCCACUGUGACGCAAUCGGUUUUCAAAUGCAUUGUCUACACCUGAAUUGAGACACAGCCUAUUGUUAUAAUGUGUUGAGAUAUGUUAGACAAAUAACCUAUGUAUACACAGAGAGGGAACUAUUUACUCUAAAGAAUGUAAUUUAAGAUGCAAACUUAAUUAGUCCCACUCAGACUUCUGAAACUUUUACGUUGGAAAACAGAUUUGCUUUUACCGUCUAAUUGCCUCUAGAAGCCAUUAGAUGUACUGUAUGUCUAUUGUUAACAAAAGACUCCUACCUACUGCUAAUAAAUGGUUACUGUGACUAAGUGCUGAGUAGGGGUUAAAAUCCCUGCACAUCUUAAAUGCGUCAUGUAUUGAUGUGACGGUGGACCAAUAACUUUUUGGAAGUAAAAUAAUUUAAUCUUUAAAUAAUUAUUCUGAUUUGGAAAAUGGUGAGCAAUAAGUGUACACACUUGGAAGUUAUUUUCCUAAAACUUUGAUCAUAAUUGAAAUUAAUAUUCAAUACAUAAAUGUUCGGUAUUUACACCAGAUUAACUGAAUCAUUCCGUCUCUGAGAGCAAGAGAUGGAAGUAAAAGGAUGUGUUUUCUUUGUAUUCAGGCAUAUGUUUGUCUAAAGCUUAUUUUAUGAGAUUACAGUAAACAAGCGUGUAGUCGGUGAGCAUGGGAUAAUGCUCGUUCAUUUUGAUUGUCUGAGAACAUGAGGACAUGUUGAACUUUGUAUUUGAUGAGUUUUUCUUCAGUCUUUGGUAUCGCUAAAAAAUACUGACUUAAGUUGUGGUAGAGGAAUCCGGUCGUGUUAUUGGUGGUCAGGUUUCAACUCCGAGUCCACAUCAACACACACACACACAGACUGAAUUUGACAACUGUUUAACUUAACUGUGUCAUGAUACAAAAGGUCCCAGAAGAUUCAGUAGCGCUGUUAUGUUGUGAACGCUUAAAUGAUUUUUGCCUGCUGUGUUUUGAUUUGAUUUCUUUUACUAGUAGCACCUUGUUUUGUGUGGUUUAUGUCUUGAAAGCUGCUGGUUCACUGAGACUUCUCAGACCACAGAAUCUAUAAGCCUGAGCUAAUAUCCAUACAUCGACAUCACUGAGGCCUCAAAAUACUGUGCUGUAGUCGUCAGCGACCUGUGAGCACUUUCUCAGGAGAUCAUCCAGUGCUUUGAAACACACUGUCCUGUUAAACCUUCUCAGUUUUUGCAUUGACAAGACAAUUUCUAACCAAAUGUUCAUUAAAAAUUUAUCAAAACUG